AUGGCCCUUGGACUUAUGGAUGAGGGUGGGGCGAGGGUCGGCGAGCGUUGCCCAGAUUUAGGAGAGGUUCAUGGCCCUCUCCCAUUUCUGGUGAGGGCCUAUUGGCCCUUGCCUCUGCUCGUCCGGGGCUACUUCGUGAGGGGCAUCUACAUGCUGAACCGGCUCAUCGGCUUCCUCUACCCUCAGGUCGAUCCGGAGCUCCAGGAGCUCGCCGACGGCGGCGGCCCAUCCCUCCCCACCCGCGGCUCCGACAAGUUCAGGCCCUUCGUCCGCCGCCUCCCCGAGUUCAAGUGUUGGUUACAAAUCACUUGGGCAUUUGUGAUUGCUUUCGUGAUGACGUUCUUCAGAGUGUUCGACAUACCUGUAUUCUGGCCCAUACUCCUUUUCUACUGGGUCAUGUUGUUUACGCUUACAAUGAGGAGGCAGAUAAUGCUUAAUACAAAUAUGUCCCAUUUGCUAGUAUCCUGAACCUUAUGUUCUCUCUUUUUCCUGCAUGUAUGCUUCUGCAAUUCUUUGGUAUGUUGCUUAUUUUGCCUUUUGACUCUACUUCUUUUU